AUGUUAGCAUUUCGUUCCUGUCUCUUCGUGGCUGUGGCCAGCUGCGCCUUUGCCGGUUACGCCAGUCCCUUGUACGGCUACAGGGCCCCGGUGGCAGCCUACCACCCCGCUCCUCUGUACAGCAGAGUCGUGGCCCCAGGCGUCACCGCCGUCCACCACGGAGCAGCCGUGUCUCACGUGUCGAGCGUGAGCGGUUACCGCAGCCAGCACCCCGUAGCCACCCCGGUCGCCCGCUACGCCUCCGUCCACACGGCCCCGGCUGUGGCCACCGUUCACACCGUCCCGGCGGUCGCCAAGCUCCGCGCAGGUCUUCUCCUGGCCGUGGCCAGCUGCGCCUUCGCCGGCUACGCCAGUCCCUUCCACGGCUUCGCCGCGCCUGUCGCCACCUACCAGCACGCGCCGACCUACACCCGAAUCGUUGCCGCCGCCCCAGCCGUCACCGCCGUCCACCACGGAGCAGCCGUGUCCCACGUGUCGAGCGUGAGCAGCUACCGCAGCCCGCACCCCGUGGCCACACCGGUCGCCAGGCACGUCGCCGUCCACGCGGCUCCAGCGGUGGCCACCGUCCACACCGUCCCGGCUGUUGCUAAGGUCCACCAUGCCUACGCUGCUCCGGCGGUCGCCGCUGUCCACCACCACGCCGUUCCCGCCUAUGGCUACGGCUACGGACUCGGCACCUACGGCCUUCGUUAUGGUCACGCUCUGGGAGCCUACGGCUACGGACUCGGCUACCACCUCUAA